AGAGAGAGAGAGAGAGAGAGAGAGAGAGAGAGAGAGAGAGAGAUGAACACCAUCAUUCCAACCUUUACACUCCUCGAAACCAAUGGUCUCCCGCGUUCCUAGGGGGCUUCUCUCAACACCCAACCCACCUCUCUCUCUCUCUCUCUCUCUGAAGCAUCUGUCACCCACUAUCCAUCUCCGAAAUCAAGAAACUGCGAAUCCCAUUAUUCUUUUUUUCCCCCUUUUCCCUUGAUCUUUUGAGAUUUUCCGUUUCCGUCCUCUCUCUCUCUCUCUCUCACACGCACAUCUCUGGCUUUGCCUAUUCAAAGAACUUGCAGAAAUUUAUUUGUUUUUCGUUUUUCGUGAAUUUAGGCGUUUUUCUUUUCGGCUUUUCAGAAUUAGGAAACCGAGAUAGAGAAACCUGCCACCCAGAAACACCGGCCAGAACUCCUGCAUCAACGAACCUUUCAAUGUGACUCAUUUUGUAAACUUACCCUUUCUCUUUUCUGGGUGUUCAGAGCUGGGAUUUCUGGUCUGGGCUCUUUUCUUUCUUCUUGUUCUUGAGAGGGCUGAUUGAUUCUGUGUUCUUCUCCUUCAUCCAUCCUUGUCUUCUCUGUUCCAUCUGUGAAAGAUAAAUCUCGUUUCUUGUUGGCCCACUUUGUUCAAAACAUCAUAAACAUAUUGCGAUUUUUGUCCCUGAAGAAUCUUCUUUGUCAUUGAAAGCAGCAUUCCAUUCAUUCUGUCUCCGGAAAACGUUUCCAGGUUCCUUCCAUUAUUGCCUUUCGCCACCCUCCUCAUUCUGGAUAUUGGUUGAAGAUAUCUGGUCGGAUUGAGGGUGCUGCAUCAAAUCCUUUCUCAAGAUAUCAGGCUGGAAAAAACUCUGGGGAUAACCUCAAACGACGCAGGUAAUUUACAGGGACAAUCAGGAAAGAAACAAGAUUCUAUAUGCUUAAUUCAAAGGUGCCUCGAAAAGGGUGUUUUCACAAAUUCAGAAUAUAUCUGUUGGGCGGCCAGGAGAGCGAGGUGAAAUUAUGGGCUGCUUGUGUUCGAAAGAAGCAGUCGUUGACGAAAAGAUUGAGGAAGAUGUGAAGGCUGCGGAAUUGAGCAAGUCCUCUGUCCAGUUGGUCCCUCCCAGUGCCAAGAGAGAGGAUAUUGCAAUAGAGUUACAGGGGAAUGGCGGGAAAGAUGGCUCAAAUCGUCCAAUGUCAAAGGCAUCCUCGCAAGUGCGUCGGGGUUCUGUGCACGGCGCAGCAGAAGAAGCUGAAAAGAAAACCAGGAUUGUUGAGAGACCCACAAAGGGACAUCAGAGAGGGAUGAGCAUGGAUUUAGGACAAAAUGGAGGACAACAGGGGAUGUCGAGGAUCAUCAGUAUGCCUCACGGUGUAGAAGGAGAGCAAAUUGUUGCUGGAUGGCCAUCUUGGCUAACUUCGGUCGCCGGAGAUGCUAUCAGAGGAUUGGUGCCUAGGAAAGCAGAGUCCUUCAAGAAGUUAAACCAAAUUGGACAAGGGACCUACAGCACUGUUUACAAGGCUCGUGACCUCGAAACAGGUAAAAUUGUUGCAAUGAAGAAAGUGAGGUUCGCUAACAUGGAUCCCGAGAGUGUGCGCUUCAUGGCUAGGGAAAUUCAUAUCUUGCGGAAACUUGAUCACCCCAAUGUUAUGAAGCUUGAGGGUCUUGUCACUUCCAGGAUUUCAGGGAGCUUGUAUCUUGUGUUCGAGUAUAUGGAGCAUGAUCUCGCUGGCCUUGUUGCCAGGCCUGGUGUCAAGUUAAGCGAGCCUCAGAUUAAAUGUUAUAUGCAACAACUGCUUCGUGGACUGGAACACUGCCAUAAACGUGGUGUUUUGCAUAGAGACAUUAAGGGUUCUAAUCUCCUUAUCAAUAAUGAUGGAGUCCUCAAAAUUGGCGACUUUGGUCUUGCCACAUUUUUUCAGCCUGACCAACAGCAGCCACUGACCAGUCGUGUAGUAACUCUUUGGUAUAGGGCACCUGAGCUGCUGCUUGGUGCUACCAAGUAUGGAGUUGCCGUGGAUCUAUGGAGCACCGGCUGCAUCCUUGCCGAAUUGUUUGCAGGAGAGCCUAUUAUGCCUGGAAGAACUGAGGUGGAGCAAUUGCAUAAAAUUUUCAAGUUGUGUGGUUCUCCUUCUGAGGAUUACUGGCGUAAUACAAGGUUUCCACAAGCAACUAGCUUCAGAACUCAGCAACAUCAUAAACGCCAGGUAGCCGAGAAAUUCAAAGACUUUCCAUCUUCCGCUCUGGCACUUAUUGAAAAGCUCCUAGCAAUGGAACCAAAAGAGAGAGGAUCCGCUGCUUCUGCACUGAAAAGUGAGUUUUUUAUGACAAGACCCCUUCCAUGUGACAUAUCAAGUCUGCCAAAGUAUCCUCCAAGCAAAGAGUUUGACGCCAAGCUACGAAAUGUGGAAGCAAGAAGGCAAAAAGCAGAGGCAGUCAAGGGACGAGGACCUGAAUCUGUUAGGAGGGGUUCAAGAGAUGGUAAAUUGCCGACGCCAGAAUUUGAUGCUAAGGGGGAGGUUUGUUUGCAGGGACAGUCAAAUUCCAUAAGCAUUAGUCAUAAGUUCAAUCCCCAGGAGGAUAGUGGGUCCGGUUUCCCAAUUGAGCCUCCGAGAGUAAACAGACCGAAUGGUUAUUCUCAUUGUAGCUCAAUGAUUCACCCCAGCAUAACCGAAUCUUCAUUGACCAGUAAGGGUAGCUCCAGGAAGCAUCAAGCAGAGUUGAACACGCAGAAGUCUCUCAUGCCCCAUGCAACAGCAGACUUGUCAAAUGCAUCUCUUAAAAAGGACGAGGGGGGGCCUCCUAAAGAAUUGGUGCAGGGAUAUGUACCGAAGAAAAACAGGAUCCACUAUUCAGGACCGCUGGUGCCACCAGGAGGGAACAUCGAUGAUAUGCUGAAAGAGCACGAGAGACAAAUCCAGCAGGCAGUUCGAAAUGCACGGUUGGGCAGGAACAAAACCAACAAGUAUGGGCAAUCGCAUUAGUCUGGAGGAGGUGUCAACAGGGAGAAUGUUCUCUUAGGACAUGGCUGCUGUUACCAGUGAAAGCACACCUAUCUGUGACAAACACUCAAGAACUUCAUUACGAAGCUGAAAUAAAAAGGUGUUACGUGUAUAAAAUGGGGAGUGUAGCUUUUGUUAAAUGUAUAUUCGUCUCUAUUUUGUGGAUGAAAAGAAGGGCCUCUUGGCAUUUUGUGUCACUCUGUAAAUCUUGGAAGGAAAUUUGCUGGGUACAACAUGAAGAGUGUUUUUUUCUCGUCAA